GUGUGGCAAUCAUUGAUAUGGACAGACUUCAUUCUGAGUAACAAAGUGCAACGAGGAAGAAUUGUGUGAAACAAAAUGCUCUCGGGAGAACUGGACUGGCUGGUCUUACCGUACACGAGGAGGUCGUUGUUUAGAGGUGGUCUACGCUCGUCUCUAAUCCCUGCAGGAGAGACCUCUUGACUGGACCAGGAUAAGGUGCAGGAGAGACCUCUUGACUGGAUCAGGAUAAGGUGCAGGAGAGACCUCUUCACUGGGCCAGGAUAAGGUGCAGGAGAGACCUCUUCACUGGACCAGGAUAAGGUGCAGGAGAGACCUCUUGACUGGACCAGGAUAAGGUGCAGGAGAGACCUCUUGACUGGACCAGGAUAAGGUGCAGGAGAGACCUCUUGACUGGACCAGGAUACGGUGCAGGAGAGACCUCUUGACUGGGCAGGGAUAAGGUGCAGGAGAGACCUCUUGACUGGACCAGGAUACGGUGCAGGAGAGACCUCUUGACUGGGCAGGGAUAAGGUGCAGGAGAGACCUCUUGACUGGACCAGGAUACGGUGCAAGAGAGACCUCUUCACUGGACCAGGAUCAGGUGCAGGAGAGACCUCUUGACUGGACCAGGAUAAGGUGCAGGAGAGACCUCUUGACUGGACCAGGAUAAGGUGCAGGAGAGACCUCUUGACUGGACCAGGAUAAGGUGCAGGAGAGACCUCUUGACUGGACCGGGAUAAGGUGCAGGAGAGACCUCUUCACUGGACCAGGAUAAGGUGCAGGAGAGACCUCUUGACUGGACCAGGAUAAGGUGCAGGAGAGACCUCUUCACUGGACCAGGAUAAGGUGCAGGAGAGACCUCUUGACUGGACCAGGAUAAGGUGCAGGAGAGACCUCUUGACUGGACCAGGAUAAGGUGCAGGAGAGACCUCUUGACUGGACCAGGAUAAGGUGCAGGAGAGACCUCUUCACUGGACCAGGAUAAGGUGCAGGAGAGACCUCUUCACUGGACCGGGAUAAGGUGCAGGAGAGACCUCUUGACUGGACCGGGAUAAGGUGCAGGAGAGACCUCUUCACUGGGCCAGGAUAAGGUGCAGGAGAGACCUCUUCACUGGACCAGGAUAAGGUGCAGGAGAGACCUCUUCACUGGACCAGGAUAAGGUGCAGGAGAGACCUCUUCACUGGACCAGGAUAAGGUGCAGGAGAGACCUCUUCACUGGGCCAGGAUAAGGUGCAGGAGAGACCUCUUCACUGGACCAGGAUAAGGUGCAGGAGAGACCUCUUCACUGGACCAGGAUAAGGUGCAGGAGAGACCUCUUGACUGGACCAGGAUAAGGUGCAGGAGAGACCUCUUCACUGGGCCAGGAUAAGGUGCAGGAGAGACCUCUUCACUGGACCAGGAUAAGGUGCAGGAGAGACCUCUUCACUGGACCGGGAUAAGGUGCAGGAGAGACCUCUUCACUGGACCGGGAUAAGGUACAGGAGAGACCUCUUCACUGGGCCAGGAUAAGGUGCAGGAGAGACCUCUUCACUGGACCAGGAUAAGGUGCAGGAGAGACCUCUUCACUGGACCAGGAUAAGGUGCAGGAGAGACCUCUUCACUGGGCCAGGAUAAGGUGCAGGAGAGACCUCUUCACUGGACCGGGAUAAGGUGCAGGAGAGACCUCUUGACUGGACCAGGAUAAACUCUACUUCCUGGUUUGGGUUUUCAGCUCUACAUUUAUGAAGCACCCGUCUGAAAAAUCUGUCCAGUUGACUCACAUAACUUCUGUCAAGAGAUAUAGCACCACAACAACUGCAGAACUUGAUGUUGUGUCCCACACAGACCAGAGGAACAGGGACUUGAGGCCAUGGCAGAGCAGGGGGAAGCCCGGGGGACAGGAGAGGAACCACGAACACCCAACACGCCAUCCCUGAACCACCGGGGGACAGGGGGGACUUUCGGGGAAGGUCAAGAUGUGGAGAAGGGAGAAGUCAUAACCAGAUCCACGAGGGAGAAGAACGGUCGCUUCACCAACCCCUGGCCCACAUGGCACUACCCCUCCUCUGCCUCCCUGCUCCGGUUCUAUCUACUAGAUAAGGACCACAGCAACCUACCCCGCUCCAAAGAGGAGUUAGACCGUGAGCUUCCACUGCUGAAACCGUCCUUCAUCCAGAGUCCUGAGGUGUCAGGAACCGUGGGGUCUGGUCUCAGGGUGACCUGGCUGGGCCACGCAUCAGUCCUGGUAGAGAUGGACGGCCUGGUCAUCCUCACUGACCCCAUCUUCAGCCAGAGGGCGUCUCCCUUCCAGUUCAUGGGGCCCAAGAGGUUCAGGGGCCCGCCGUGUACAGUAGAUCAACUACCCAAGGUGGAUGCUGUGCUCAUCAGCCACACCCACUACGACCACCUGGACGUAGGUUCAGUUAGCAGCCUCAAUAAGCGCUUCGGCGCCGAGCUGCGUUGGUUUGUCCCUCUGGGGCUCCAGGGUUGGAUGCAGAGCUGUGGCUGUAAGAACGUGAUAGAGUUGGACUGGUGGGAGGAGAGCUGUGUCCCUGUCCCCAGCCCUGUCCCUGUCCCCAGCCCUGUCCCUGUCCCCAGCCCUGUCCCUGUCCCCAGCCCUGUCUCCAGCCCUGUCCCUGUCCCCAGCCCUGUCCCUGUCCCCAGUGGUGUCAGCCAGGAUAAGGUGAUGUUCGUAUUCACCCCAGCCCAGCACUGGUGCAAGCGCACCCCAACAGACGAUAACAGGGUGCUGUGGGGGAGCUGGUCUGUCCUGGGGCCCUGCAACCGCUUCUUCUUUGCUGGAGACACCGGCUACUGCUCGUCCUUCCAGGAGAUUGGGAGGCGCUUUGGUCCGUUCGACCUGGCGGCCAUACCCAUCGGCGCGUACCUGCCCAGAGAUGUAAUGAAGUCACUGCAUGUGGACCCAGAGGAGGCUGUGGAGAUUCAUAAGGACGUUAAGGCCAAACACUCCCUGGCUAUUCACUGGGGGACCUUCGCAUUAGCUCAUGAGUUUUACUUAGAGCCUCCAGUGAGACUCAGGGAGGCCAUGGAGAAGAAUGGGUUGAAUGUGGAGCACUUCUUUGUCCUGAACCAUGGAGAAUCCAGAGUGAUGGGGGGAGAAAGAGAAGGAGGGGGCGUUUGACUGAUCAGAUGGGCUACAUUGCCAGAAGCUGCAAUAUGAAAGAGUUUGGACUUCUGACAAAGAGAUCUAAGCUUGGCAUUAUAGUAGUAAUAGUUUGCCUGAUAAAGGGGCACUGAUGUACAUAUUUGCAACUUUAAAAUAAAUAUAUGUUUUUAAUGCCAAGUGAUAUUGAUUG